UUACUAUUUCUGCAAAUGGGUUUCGUUGAAAAUGGGGAUGUCAGGCCUAAAUUUGCUACUGCUCUCUUUUUAUGCUCUGUUUUCUCUCUUGCAUUUUUGUGGAGGUCGAAUUGUUUUGCUGUUCGUUUGCUUAUAGUUUCUUACUUUCAGAAGUGGGUUUGGAUUUUAUAGGGAUUAUAGUAGCUGGGAUCGGAUUAAAGGUAGAUCUUAUAAAAAAAAAAAAAAAAAAAACAAAAAAAAAAACAAAAAAAAGGAUCGAAUUCCACUGUAUAGGUUUCAUGUGUGAAUAGUUAUUUAGCUCUUCCUGUUUUUAUUUAUUUAAUUUUAUAAAGGUGACUGAUGAUCUGGUGGGGGAUAUAGUCGAAUACGUGGAAAGGUAUAAUCAUGAGUCACCGAACUAAAUUAAAAUAUUCCGGGAUGCUUUUUGUUUUUAUUUAAUUGCUUUUCCUAAGAAAUCAGAAGUUUAAUCUCUCUCAACUUGUUUGAGCGAGUGUAAGUUUCGAUGAUUUUUUCGGGGGGUUGGAUUUUCUAUCAGCUUUAGAUAAAGGUUUAGAACAGCAACUCUUGGAGCAAGGAUCUUGAAUACUAUUCGCUUCUGUAGAGAUAAAACAGUCUCUUCACUACAAAAUUUGUAAAAUGCAAGCUUCUCAGCUUCAUAGAGGUUCACAUAUGGCAAAGAGGUUAUGUUAUCAGCCACUUCAGGAAGUGGAUGCCUGCUACUUCUCCCAAUUUCAAUCUUUAGGUCGCCAAUUAUACUCCAAUGUUGGCAACCAAAGAGCUCACUUCAAUUUUCAAGACAUCGGUGAUCAGUACUGCACUCUGGAGUCGUCCUCAGGAAGCCACGGCUAUGCAGCUCACAACUCGACCUCAACUGUCACUUUCUCACCAAAUGCGAGUCCAGUAUCGCAACAGGAUUCUCGUUCAAAUCCUUCUGAUCAACAUAAUUCCCCUGACAAUACGUAUGGUUCCUCAGUAAGUGGAUCCAGUAUAACGGAUGAUAUUAGUGAUUUUAGGCACAAACUACUGGAAUUGGAAACUGUGAUGCUUGGCCCUGAUUCUGAUGUGAUAUAUAGUUUUGAUAGUAUCUACCAGGAGGGGACGGACAAUCCAGAGAUGGGAACUUGGGGACAAGUGAUGGAUGCUGCUAUUACUAAAGGAAACUUGAAAAAGAUCCUAAUAGCUUGUGCUAAAGCUGUAUCAGAUAAUGAUGCAUUGAUGGCACAAUGGCUUAUGGAUGAGUUGCGCAAGAUGGUGUCAGUUUGUGGUGAACCGAUGCAGAGGUUGGGAGCUUAUAUGCUGGAGGGGUUGGUUGCACGGUUGGCUUCCUCAGGUAGUUGCAUCUAUAAAUCUUUGAGAUGCAAGGAACCUGCAAGAGCCGAGCUCCUCUCGUAUAUGCACCUUCUUUAUGAGGUUUGCCCAUACUUCAAAUUUGGAUACAUGUCAGCAAAUGGUGCCAUUGCAGAAGCCAUGAAAGAUGAAGAUAGAGUUCACAUUAUUGAUUUCCAAAUUUCUCAGGGUGCUCAGUGGGUCACUUUGAUUCAAGCAUUUGCAGGUAGGCCUGGUGGGCCACCUCACAUUCGUAUAACUGGUAUAGAUGAUCCUGCAUCAGCUUAUGCUCGUGGAGGCGGGCUAGAUAUUGUUGGGAAGAGACUUUCCAAGUUAGCAAAGUUAUUUAACGUGCCAUUUGAGUUUCACUCCGCUGCCAUUUCUGGCUGUGAUGUUCAGCAAAAAAAUCUAGGCAUUCGCCGAGGGGAGGCUUUAGCAGUGAAUUUUGCAUUCAUGCUACACCAUAUGCCAGAUGAGAGCGUAAGCACCGAAAAUCAUCGAGAUAGGCUAUUGAGGCUGGUUAAAGGUCUGUCUCCAAAGGUCGUGACACUUGUUGAACAAGAAUCCAACACAAACACGGCUGCCUUCUUUCCUCGGUUCAUCGAGACACUAGAUUACUACAAUGCCAUGUUUGAAUCAAUCGAUGUUACUCUUCCAAGACAGCACAAGGAGCGAAUUAACAUUGAGCAGCAUUGUCUAGCCAGGGAAGUUGUCAACAUACUAGCAUGUGAAGGAGCAGAGAGAGUGGAACGACACGAGCUACUUGGAAAGUGGAGACUGCGAUUUGACAUGGCAGGAUUUACACCUUACCCAUUAAGCUCGUUGGUGAAUGCUACCAUCAAAACGUUAUUAGAUAACUAUUCUAACAGGUACAGACUUGAAGAAAGAGAAGGGGCUUUGUAUUUAGGGUGGAUGAAUAGGGAUUUGGUUGCUUCCUGUGCAUGGAAGUAAAAAAAAUGUAACAUGGCCAUACAAGAAUUAGCUAUUGAAAACCAAGGGGGAAAUACAUGGUUCUUUUCUGCUUCAUUAGAUGCCGUGACAAAAAUUACACGAAAUGUGUUUCCAAGACAGGAACUUUCCUUGCUUGGCUGAGCUAUAGUUCAAUUCUGGUGCAAACUGCAGGGCCUUGAAAACUUGGACUAUGUUUUUUAGUUUGAUGUUUGGUUAUAAAAUGCAAGCUGGGAUAACCAUGGUUAACUUA